UACAGCUAUAAGUAUAAUUAAAUUAGUAAUAGAAGUUUAUGUAUCGAAUAUCAGAGUAAGAAUAUUUUUAAAUGAGUCUUACUGAAGAAGACUUUAAGUGUAGCAUUUGUUUUGAAAUUCUUUUGGAGCCUACAACAUUAACAUGCGGUCACAGCUGUUGCAGAUUUUGCCUUGCUCAAUGGUGGAUUACAUCUCGAAAAUCUAAUUGUCCGGAAUGUCGAGAAGUUUGGCAAGGAUUACCAAAAGUUAAUGUCACAUUAAGGAACACAGUUAACAGUUUAUUUGGUGAUAUAGUUGAAAUACGCAAGACUUCAUUAAUAAAUAACCAAAAUUAUCAUGAGACCAUUGCAAAAUUUGAGCAACUGAAAAAAGAAAAAAAUGAGAGGGUUGGAAUUUGGCGUUAUGGAUAUUUAUUUGCUGCUGUAGUUGUGGCUGUAUUUGUGAUUAUAUUUGUUGGAAUUCAAUCCUUCAAAGGUACUUCAAGAAAUGAUUUGAUGUUAAAGUCUAUAUAUGACUGGUCACCAGAAGAUGUUGGAUAUUGGUUUGGUGAACUUGGUCCUUGGGCUAAAGGCACCUUUGACAAAAAAAUUAUUGAAGCAGGAAUAGAUGGAAGUCUGCUGAUGAAACUUACUGAUGCUGAUUUACAAGAUUUUAAAAUGAAUAUUUCUCUUCAUCGCAGAAUAACUCUAGAAGCCAUUAAAAAAUUAAAAAAAGAACUUCAAAAUCAGCAAACAGGAUUAUGGGAGUUUAAGGAGCGAAGGAGUGGGUUGGCAAUAUUCAUUAUGUUUGGUUUACGAGAAUUUCCAAGAUCUACUCUAACUUAUUUGUAUUUCUUUAAUUACAGAGAUGCUUUCUUACCAAUUUUUUAUUGCUCUGUAACAUUAAAAUCAGCUAAUAUUAGUUGUACUCAAAUGCAACACUCUCCUACAUUUGGUAAUUAUCUUGAGUUUUUACCACUUAUGUUUUCUAUUCCAUACUAUUUGGUUGGUCGGUUUGCUUCACAUUAUUUGUAUAUAAACUAUUGGGCAUCACGUGUUGUAAUUUUACAUGCUGUUCUUAUGACAGUUACAGAGAUAUCCAAUAUGAGACUUCUGUUAAUUCAUCGCAGAUCAGCUCAUUAUUAUGCUACCAAGUAUUUUAUAUAUGUGCUUAUGUCUUCACUUUCUAUCAAACUAUUGGUAUAUUUUUUACCUGUAUUUAUGACUGAUUGCAUAUUCUACUGGUUGCUAUAUGUUAGUCCGUUUGAUGCAUUUAAUAGGCUAUUGAAACGAUUUUUUGUAAGAAAUGCACCACAUAAUUUUGAUCACGAGGAGCAUAAUCAUGCUGGGGUAGAACAACAAUGGGGAUUUAAUUUUCAGUGGCAUGCUAGACGUUACUAAUAUAAAAUAGAUUAUUAUUUAUAAAAAAAUCUGAAUUUUUAUUUUGUAUAAUUGAUUUUAAAUUAUAUUUUCUUUGUAAGUUGUAGAGAUAUAGAAAUAUAUUUGUUAUUUAUAGUUUUGAAUUUAAAGUAAAUGGAUUUGAAAUAAUGGAAACCAUGAUUAUGAUAUAUAGUGAAAUAGACUAAUUGUUUAAGA